GUGACAAAUGAUCCACCCACCAGCCAUAAUCUCCUUCCUUCUGGACUCCCUCUUCAUUAUUCCAUCUUCUCACCCAGGACCAGGGUUGAACCUCCAGGCUCCAGUCACUGGAUGAUGAUGCAGAGUACCUGCUCUCACCUCUGAUCUGCGCAUUUCUUUGUAACCAACGUCCCUGAUCGAUUCUACCCCUCCACCUUCAUCAUCAUCCUCGCAGAUCUCUCAUCAUCCUUGAGGUGUUUGAGAUCUGCUGUUUCGUUAUCCAUGGAUUCAAGAAAUUUCUGUGCCGUUUCCAUGGAUUCUCGAAAUCCCUGUAAGAUAACGUUCAAGAAGCUCAGGAGGGAAGAAGAACAAAAUACGCCUCCCCAAGACGCCAUCGACGUCCCUCCAUCUUCUUCUUCCACUUCGUCGGAUUCGGAUUCGGGUUCGGACGAUGAAACCCUUCGAACCCAUCUCCAAUCGAACGAGCUGGUGCUGUAUGACCCUGCAACUGCAGCAGCCAAUGCCAAUGCCGCAGACACAGUGCAUGACAAUGCCAAAACCCUCAUUUCGUCUACGUUUGAUCACCCGAACAACCCAAUGUCGUUUCCAUGGACAUAUCCGUUUAAUCACCCACCUAGGGUUUUGCCGUCGGUUGGGGCUUUCACCGUGCAGUGUGCCAAUUGCUUCAAAUGGAGGCUCAUUCCGUCGAAGGAGAAGUAUGAGGAAAUUCGUGAGCAUAUUCUGGAAGAGCCCUUUUACUGCGAAACUGCGCGCGAAUGGCGGGAUUUGGUGUCUUGUGAUGACCCGGAAGACAUUACUCAGGAUGGGAGCAGGCUCUGGGCCAUUGAUAAGCCCAACAUUGCUCAGCCCCCGCGUGGAUGGCAGCGAUUGCUCAGGAUCAGAGGUGAAGGAGGCACCCGAUUCGCAGACGUGUACUAUGAAUCGCCAACAGGCAAGAAGCUUCGUUCGUCGGUGGAGAUCCAGAAGUAUUUGCUUCAACAUCCCGAGUAUAUGGAUGCAGGAGUGAACAUGUCACAGUUCUCAUUUGUAACUCCGAAGCCUUUGCAGGAAAAUUAUGUGAGAAAACGUUCUGACAAUUACUCGAAGAAGCAUACUGCUCAUUUGACAGACUCUGCUGAUACACCUAGACUUCUUGCACCUGGUGAAGAAAUAAAUCCAGUAGCAUGUGUUGGUCCAGUUGACGGUCCAGAAUUGCAACCUCGUCGGCUAGCACUCCCUCCUCCAGAAGCAAGGGAACCUCUGUUUGAUCCCUCUGUUCGACCGACAAAGAAGCGAGCAACAAGAACUCCAUCAUCAAAGACUUACAAGGCAGAUCCGAACAUUAGCAUGGAGUCAAGUCCAGAAAGACCUGAUCAAUCUUGAAACAGUACUCAUCUACAGAGUUGUGACCAAAUUGUCAUUAUUGGUGAAUGAAUGUUCAUUUUGUGUUUUCGGCCCUGGUACGCCUGUUAGUACACAGUUGUAUACAGUAUAUCCGGAGAAGAAAAGGGAAGGUUUUGAACUCGUAUGAGGAAGAAAAAGGAAUGAGAACAUUUUGGUGUGUAGGAGUUUUGUAGGGUUGAUUUCCUUUGAUAUGUACAAAAAAAAAGGACAUCAUAGAAAGGAAAUCCACUUUGUAUUAAGCCAUGUCAGAUCCAAAGAACAAUUUUACAUGUAUAUGGAUAUGGCAGUAUUUAUUGAUGCACUCCAAAAGUGGCUUGUGAGUUUUCAA